AUGAAAUGGAAACAAGAUGGAGUUACAGUUGCUGGAGGAAAUGGAAUAGGAGACCAAUUAAAUCAGCUCGAUGGUCCUCGAGGAAUCUUUAUUGCUAAUGAUACUACAAUUUAUAUUGCUGAUUAUUUCAAUCAUCGUAUUAUUCAAUGGAGACCUAAUGGAAGAAAUGGCCAAAUUAUUUUAGGUGGUAAUGGUUUUGGACAUGGAACUGAUCAGUUGAGUUGUCCAAUAGGCAUAAUUAAUGACAUACAAAAUAGCUCUUUGAUCAUUUGUGAUUCUAUGAACAGCCGAGUGAUUCGAUUGUCAAAACAAAAUAAAACAAAUCAACAAAUUCUUAUUCCUAAUAUUCACUGUUAUGAUCUUGCAAUGGAUAAAAAUAGAUCCAUAUAUGUUUCUGAUUGGAUGAAAAACGAAGUAAGACAAUGGAAAGAAAGAGAUAUAAAUGGAACAAUAGUUGCAGGAGGAAAUGGAAGAGGAAAUAAUUCCAAUCAACUUAAUUUUCCUACUUAUAUCUUUGUUGAUGACGAUUAUUCUCUUUAUGUGUCCGAUACGAGAAAUCAUCGUGUGAUGAAAUGGAAAAUAGGUGAGAACGAAGGAAUCGUUGUUGCUGGUGGAAAUGGUCAAGGAGAUAAUCUCGAACAAUUGUCACAUCCUCAAGGAGUGAUUGUUGGUGGUUCGGGUGAAAUCUACGUCGCUGACUAUUUAAAUUCUCGAGUGAUGGGUUGGCGUAAAAAUGGCAAGAAUGGUUCAAUUGUUAUUGGUAAAACUGAUAAAAGAAUUAAAACAAAUAAAUUUUUUCCUAGUGAUUUAUCAUUGGAUCUUGAAAAUAAUCUUUAUGUCGCUGAUCCUGAGCACAAUCGAAUCCAAAAAUUUGAUUUUAUUCGUUAA